AGAGGGAUAUUGUCGUCCUUUUUCUACAGAAAGUGGGAACAGCACCGCUUGAGCAAUAGGCUCAAUGGCUAUGCGGUGUUGCAACGAAAUAACAUGGAGGAGCAGAUGAGCUUAGUGAGUGCAGAGGAGGGGGUUCAGCGAGUUUCAGAGGAUGCUCCAGGGACAUAUCACGAUAGCAGCGAAGGACGAAGCUCCCAGCUAUCGACACCGGGCACGAUGUCGCCCGUCGGACGUCCCACUUUCCUGCGUAGUUUGACUCGAGGCUGGUGGCUGAAAUUUUUCGCAUAUCUCGUUCUAUUCUGCGUGAGUCUUCGAUCAGCACUGGACUUUGAGCAACCGGAGGAGGUUCGCUAUCGAGAUAUCAUCAAUACUGCUAUCGAACACCCGAAAUAUACGGGAUACGGGAGGCAGGAGAAGAUAUUCAUUGCUGCUGCUUUCUCCAACAACCAGGACGUCUUGCCUUAUUGGUCAGCCUCGCUCAUUAAAGUCAUUCAUUACCUCGGUACACGCAACGUUUAUGUCUCUAUUCUUGAAAGUGGAAGCUCGGAUCAAUCUCCCUUGUUACUGCGCGAGCUUGAUGGCAUGCUUGCUCGUUUGCAUGUUGAGCGACGUAUUCUCACGGAAGAUGAUGUCGUGAAAAAGCCAGAAGAUAUGGGCGGGAACAACCGCAUAGACUUCUUAUCGGCCAUCCGAAAUCGCGCACUUGAACCUCUCAUAGAGAUGGGAGGUUAUGAUAAGGUUGUUUUCUCAAACGAUAUUUUUAUCGAGCCAGAGAGCUUUAUCGAUCUUAUCGAUACUAUGAAUGGCGAUUAUGAUAUGGCCUGUGGGUUGGACUUUGGGCAUUACGGGCUUUACGAUGAUUGGGUGAUUCGUGAUCGACUAGGAAAGCUCCCUAGCACAAUCUGGCCCUAUUUCUUCGAACAGGCCGACUAUCAAGCCAUUGUAAAAGAAGAACCAGUCCCUGUUUUCACCUGCUGGAACGGCAUCGUCGUUUUUGCCGCGGACCCUUUACUUCCGAUCCAUCUACGCUCUAAUCGUACGCUUUCCACUGACGCGUUGCCAUAUGAGCUCCCAGCUACGCAUCCCGCUGCGCACAAUGCCUCGAUGCGCGGCCCAAGUCCCGCGCUUACUCCACCCAUACGCUUCCGUUCGUCCGCACCCGACGAGUGUUUCUCGUCCGAGUCAUUCCUGUUACCAUACGACCUACGCAGGCAGUUCAACAUGCAGCGCAUAUACGUCAAUCCUCGCGUAAUUACGGGGUAUCAAUGGAGGUUUUAUUUGUAUUUCAAGUGGUUUAUGAGGCACCGUCUUUUGAGAUGGUGGAUUGAGAAGAAGUAUGAUGGAGCGUGGAUGCAGAAGGCUAUGAUGGUUGUUGGCGAUGCGGCACGCGUGUCUUGGUGGGAUGGUGGAGACUGUCAUCCCUGGUGGUAGCACGACAUGAAAGGGCUGUUGUUGGAUUGUUAUUUGUUGUUCAGACACUUGGGUUUUUGGGAUGGACUGCAGGUAGUAAUUUAAAACUAAUGGCCGUGACUCCCAGUUAUAAUGUUUAGUCUAGGGUCGUAUGUAGUCAAUUGUAGUCGAGCAAUAGUUUGGUUUGUGAGAGUUAUCACUGAAAUAUGUAAAAAUCCAACGAGGUU